GCUAGGACUGACUUGGAAUGCGGUGGCAGACACGCUUACUGUUACCUCGGCCAAAUCGGACCAACCGUCAACCAUCCGAACUUGGACGAAACGACUCGUCCUUUCUUACACUGCUCGACUCUUCGAUCCGCUUGGAUGGGCCUCACCAGUAUUCAUACGCGCCAAAACACUACUGCAAGAUCUUUGGUUAUCAGGAGCAGAUUGGGACGAACCGCUUUCAGUCCGCCUGGAGGAGUCGUGGCUUCAGUUUCGUCAAGAUCUGGAAGAGAUGACUGCGGGAUCAUUCGUGUGGGUGGAAGAUUGGAUCAUGCAUCGCUCACCUACGAUCAACGGCAUCCAAUCCUCGUUCACCGUCGGUCUAAUUUGGCUGAGCUAAUUGUUCGGGCAGCACACGCUCAGACUCUUCAUGGUGGCCUCACGUCGACACAAAGCUUCGUCCGUCAAACGUACUGGAUUCCGCAGGACCGCACUCUCCUCAAACGCAUCCUAAGAAAUUGCGUACGCUGUGUAAGAUUCCAAGGUAACACGGGUACGCAGCAAAUGGGCUCCUUACCUGCUUCACGAGUCCAGCCUGCCAGGGCCUUCCUUCGCAGUGGGGUCGACUAUGCUGGCCCAAUCACCCUCUGCAUGUCAAAGGGUCGCGGCCAGAAGACGGUCAAGGGCUACAUCGCCGUGUUCGUCUGCCUCUGCACCAAAGCUGUCCACCUGGAGCCAGUGUCCGACCUGUCUGCGUCCGCGUUUAUCGCGGCCUUCCGACGGUUCGUCGCGAGGCGAGGACGCUGUGCUCACCUCUUAAGCGACAACGCGACGAAUUUUCGGGGUGCAGAUGCGCAGUUGAAAUCUAUGUUCAAACGAGCUUCUGAAUUUUACAGGGAGGUUGCUGAGCUAAUCGCCAACGAAGGAACGAAUUGGGAAUUUAUUCCACCCUACUCACCUCACUUUGGCGGCCUGUGGGAGGCGGCGGUGAAAUCCGCGAAGAGGCAUCUUCUUCGGUCAGUAGAGGGUCACAGGCUGACCUUCGAAGAACUGACAACAUUAUUGUGCCAGGUGGAAGCGUGUUUAAAUUCACGACCGUUAUCACCACUCACGAACGACCCCAAAGACUUCUCCGCACUAACACCGAAUCACCUCAUUACGGGUCACUCACUGUCGGCGAUUCCGGAAUCACCGGAAAAUUUAAAUUUCGACGGAGGACACAAAAGAGGUGGAAAUGCCUUACGCAGACCCCCGCAACAUUUUGCGGAGGGACUGUGGGACUCUCCCUCCAGCAAUUUAGCCGAAGGGCCUACCCACUAA